CAGUCACACUCACUGCGGCAUAUUUCUAUUGAACAAUUGUAUCCUUUGCCUUAUAUAAACAGCAGAAUAACGAAAAAAUGCCCCAUAAAACAAAUUUACAAACUCUAUGGAGGACAAAACUGAAGCAAGCAUUCAACCAAGUUGUUGUUGGAAAACUGUUUCGCUUGCAGAAUGACUGUAUCGUUGUGGGCUGUGAGGACGGUAUCAUCAGGGUCUACGAUAUUCCAUCAGGACAUUCCACAGGCGAAGAGCUGACAGAACCAGUGCCCCAUCUUUGCCUGGAGACCAAAGGGGGACCAGUGCAAUCGCUGGUCUUGGCUGACAUUACUCGCUUUAGCACGGCAGACCUGGUAGCGGGUGAUUCCAGGGGGACCAUGACCAUCUUCUGUAACGGCCAGAUCUUGAGCAGACAGAGCUUAUCCGAACACAGUCUUGGGUGUCUACAGGUGGAUGCCGAUGCUACUGGUAAUGUCAGUGUCAUCUCUGGUGAUACCGGUGGGGUGGUGCAUGCCCUGCUACCUUACAGUCCCCUGUGGAAGCUAAGACUGGACUCACCAUCACAGGAAGCAGAGAGUCGGUCAAGCGUUGUCAAGUGUCUCCUAGCAACAACUCUGGUCAGUUCCUCCGGCCGACGGAGCAAUUACAUCUUGGCCUCAGAUGACUGCAGAAACCUUCAUUUCAUCCAGCAGGGUUUGAUUGUACUGACGCUGCAGACACCAUCUGUUAUUACAGCGAUGUGCUAUGGUAAUUUCCUGCCCAAGGAGGAGAUAAAGACAUCCGAGAUGCAGGAAGCAACGGCCAGCCAAGUUGCACUGGGAGGCAACGAUGGCUCCAUCAUUAUUAUGACUGAUUUCCAGAUACACACGACCGAGUACGCAAAUUUCCAACUUCCCAUCAUGCACCUUGGCGCCAUAGCAACAGGCCACGCCGAUGAGUUAGAUUCCCUGCUGUGUGCAGGACACAGUCAUUGUCUCAUGCUCUACCACAACCGCAAGUUGGUGAAUUGGUACGAGGCCUCUGAUUGGAUCAACUCCAUGGCUGUCGCCGACCUGGACAAGAACGGAGAACCGGAGGUGCUGAUUGGCUGCAGGGAUGGGACGCUACAGGCACUCAGGGUCACGUGACGAGUAACACAAUCACGGGACCUAGCUAAGAUGUGGGACUAGGAGUAUGAAUGGACUCGGUGUGCAGACAAAAGGGGGCGCUGUUUAUAUUAACAGUAUGCGUGUUGAGGACAUGUUGAAAUUCGAGUUAUAGCUGGGCAGUCAUGUACCCAGACUGCAGGAUAGUGGCUUCCUGUCUGUCUGCUUAGUCUAGUUCCCGGACCUAAUGAUCACCUGGUGGCUGUUGAUUGAAGGUCAGAUAACCGUCACAUUCAAAAAUAUACGAGUGCAUAUUAAUAAUAAUAAUAAUUUGGGAGGCUAAUCAUCCUUACUCGCAGCUGGUAUGCUGAAUUGCGA